AUGCCCGCGAUCGACGCUGCACGCACUGCGGACACCGUCUCUGCUAGUAUCCCGCCAGAGCUGUUUGGACCCCUGCAAGAGUUCUUCGCGUGCGCGAUCAUCGGAUUCCCGAUAGCGACCACGAUAUAUGGCAUUACGAUACUGCAAACGUACUUGUACUUUCGCCGCUAUCCAAAGGACAGCGCCGCGCUAAAGUCUCUGGUCGGCGGUUUGUGGGCGAUGGACACGCUGACUAUCGCGCUGAUAUCGCACGCCAUAUACAACAUGUUCGUUCUGAACCUGGCGCAUCUAGCCGACGACGUCGAGCUGCCAUGGAGUGUUGCUCUCGAGGUAGCUGUAACGGACAUUAUCGUUGUAGCGGUGCAGUUUUAUUUCGCAAACCAGCUCUAUAAAUUGAGCCACGGAAACAAGAUCUUCACGGGAUCGAUAGUCGUUCUGACAAUCCCAACAAUUGUCGUAGGAAUCUGUAAGUGUGCUACCAACCACACAGCCGCACUCUUCACUCAUGCCCAGCUCCCGCCGCCGCCCCGCCUGACAGUCACCCUAGUCGCGACCUUCCGCGACAGCGCAGACGGCCUGCGUCUGUUCCCCGCGACCUCCCGGGUCGUAUCGCUGCUCGCCAGCUUACAGACCGCGCUCACGCUCCUCUGCGACAUCCUCAUCACCGGCGGGCUCUGCUUCUACAUCCGCGGCGCGCGCGUCGCGGGCGGCCGGGCGCGCACGAACGCGCUCGUCGACAAACUCAUGGUGUACGCGAUCAAUCGGGGUGCGCUGGUGACUGUCAUACAAGGAGUGUCCUUGGUCACGCUCGUUGCGAUCCCGCGCGGAUAUGUCUACAUAAUCUUCUCGAUGAUGGUCGGAAAACGUACGCCCUUCCCCCUCUUCCCCCUCUCGCCAUCAAGUUGGCUCGAGCGCUCACUGCUCCCACCUGGCCCAUGCCCAGUCUACGUAAACUCACUGCUCGCGAGCUUGAACGUGCGCGCGUCGCUGAACCGCACCGCGUUUGCGGACACCACGGCGGCCGCCCCCACCAUUGUCACGACGCUCCAGUUCCGUGACGGCCAACACACGCUCCCUAACGCGGACAACGAAUACAGCGCAACGGUGGACGGGGCUGGCACUAUCUCGGAUUCCGAGCAGGGCUGGGAAGACGCGCAGAGGUCGAGGCUGACUGCACCACGCGUGCUGGUAUUGCGCUCGUCCACCGGCACACUAGGUAGUGGUGAAGAGGUCAAGAUGCGCGAGUGCGUCGAGAACGCGGCCUGA